AGCCUGGCGCCGCUGCUGACUGCCGCCCAGUCGUCACUCCCAUCGACCCCCCAGCUCACUCCAUUUCCAGCUUCCUCCUCUGCCCCCCAUCCCAUCACCAGUGCUCACCACAUCAUCACAUGUCUCUCUCUCUCCUCUCUCUCUCUCUCUCUCUCUUGUUUGGGAUGGUCGGAGCCGAACGGGAGAGAAUGAGGAAGAGGAGACUGCGAUGAAGCCCUAAAUCCAGACGCUUCUCCUUCUUGGUCCCGUGCUCUCUCUCUCUCUCUCUCUCUCUGCGCGCGCGUGUGUGUGUGUUCUUCCAUGGAGGGAUCUCGGAGCCGACGACGGGGUGGGGCAGGACUAGGAGGGGGCGCCGCGGUCUCCAAGAAGGGCGCAGCGGGGGACUCCGCCUACGCCGACGUGUUCGGCGGGCCACCGAGGUUCGCGUACCCCUACGCCACGCGGCUGGACGACUACGCCGAGAUCUUCGGCGACCUCGCCAGCACGUGCUCCAUCCCGUUCCUCGACAUCCCGCCGGCCGUGGACGGCUGCGACCGCGGCGCCGGGUUCGACUACUCCGAGGUCUUCGGGGGACUUGACUGCGGAGAGUUGGCGGCUCCGUACGAGGAGUUGUUUGUGGCGCCGAAGAGGGAGGAGGCCCUGACUACGAACGGGAGGACUCUGGAGGAAGCAACCUGCAACCAGCAGGAAAUGGAAGAAUUCAAAUUCCCCCCAAGACAUUCAAACGGAGAUCAUAUGGCUUGUCAAGAAGGCGAUGUGCCCUCCUCAAAUUCCAACCCGUCAGAUAGUGUCUCCAUGCAGUUCAAUGUGUUAUACAACAAAACUAUCCAAGAAAGUAAAGAGGGUGUGAUGAAUGGAAAAAUGCAUACGACUCAACUUCAUGAUGAUCCUGAAUUGAGCUCUGUUAUUGACACGGGCAAACCCUUCCGGAUUUUUGGAGAUGAUGGUCCCCGUAGCAUGUUAAAUGAUGGAAUAGAUGAUGGGAAACACCAAAAUAAAAGUCAAGCCAUGUUUUCUUGUAACAAUUCAAGGAGUUCAGAGAAUUACUCGAGAGCUGAUCAGAGACACUCUACCAAUAAGUAUCCUGUUUUGGAAAAUGGUCAUGCAAAUGCAAGUUAUCAUUCACUCUCUCUGAGCAGUUCCAUAUCAAGUGGGGAUGUAUGGUCCUCUGAUAUCACGUAUCUGACUGUCUCGGACAUCAAUCUUCGAACACAACCAGUGCGAGUGCCACCACCAUCAAGGCCACCUCCUAGAUUAUUUGGUAAGCAAGGACAUCCUAAACCAAGGAUAUCAUCAAGUCCCAAAAUUGGUGUGGAAGGAGCAAGUUUAGCUAAACCAGUUGCCAACGAAGAAUACUUCCAUGUUCAUCAAGAGGACGUGAAGGACAGCUCUUCUAGUUUCUUUGAUGUGGAGGUCGAUGCUAGCUCAGCAGCUGCAGCUUCUGCUGCUGCUAUGAAAGAAGCAAUGGAGCUAGCUCAAGCAAAACUAAGAAGUGCAAAGGAGUUGAUGGAGAAAAAACGUGAUAACCUUCAGAACAGCAAGAAGCUGGAUCACCAUGAAAGCAUAAAACAUAAAGAACGAAAACUGGGUCAACCUUUCACAGGACAAAAAGGUCUUGAGAACAUGCUAGUUGCUUUGGAGACAAAAAAUGUCAUGGGUGCUGCAAAACAGACUCCACUUUAUGAAGAGAACAAAGAAGAUGUUGUAUUAACCGAAGAGGAUGGACACACUAGACUAGGAUCAUCUAAACUACAUGGUAAAUCAGCAGAUAAAGCUGAGAAAUGGAAUACAAAUAAAGAAUUCUAUGAACUGGUAAACAGUGAGAAAUACAAAAUGACUGAAGAGGUUACUGACAGGGAAGGUUCCAUGAAGAAAACAAAUAUAAUGACAAUGGUCUGUGAAGUAAAACAGAAUGAGAGUGAAAAAGAUGCACUGGCCUUUGAGAUUGAAAGCAAUAAGAAAUUGAGAAAAGAUAAUGUAGCUCAGGUGGCUUGUGGAAGUGAAGACAAUGCUAAACCAGAAGCUCAUAAUCCUUAUGUGGAAGAAGUUGAUCUACCCGAGGUUCACAAUCUCCAUGAUCGAGAAGUGAUUAAAACACUGCAUGCAGGUGAGUCUUCUUUAUUUGCAGGGAGUGAAAAGAAAGUGGAACCUUCAGACAACAGUAAGCUUCACUAUAGUUGUGAUGACAAAGGAGUAAAAGGCAAAUUGGAGGCUUCUGUAGAAGCUCUUGAAGGUGAAAACUCUUUUAGGUUUGUGGAGAUUAAUGGGAGCAAAGAGGAGAAAGGGAAGUCAGAAGCUGCUAAACCUCAAGGUGGAAAAUACGAGAAGGAAAUCAAUAUUGAUAACAUUGAUCCUGAACCUAGUAAAGGUGGGGAAAAGUUGAUAGCAGCCAGUGUAACUGAUGCACAAGAAGAAUCAAAUAUUCAUGUGCCUCAUGGAUCGUGUAUAUUGACAGGGGAGACGGAAAAUGGAACUAGUAAGUGCACAGAUUCCAAAAAAAGGAGAGAAGGAAUGCAAUGUGUUGCUGAGAUUGUGAGUCAAUUGGAGGGCACGAUAAUAGUGCAUGAGCCAGAAAACAGGGAGGGACUGCAUGUUAAACAACCGUCACACUUAUCAACCGAAAAUGAACUAAAAAUUAAAGUAGAUCAAGAAGCUGGAUAUCUUGAAGAAGAUUCAAAGAAAUGGAAAUCAACAGUAGGAGCAGCAACAUGCAAAGAAGAAGAGAAGUUGAUAAAAGCAACAAAAGGUGACUGCUGGCAAGAUUGCAAUGGAAAUAAGGCAAAUGCAGGCCAACCUGAACUCCAGCAAAGGGACAAAAAAGAAAAUGCAACUCCAGAGUCAUGCAAUUUGGAAAACUCUAAGGGCCAGAAAAUAUAUGGAAGAGAUCUACGAGACAGUGGAAAUGAAGAUAUUAUAGAAAUUCAAGUUGAGCCUCAUUUUAUGAAUAAAGUUAUGUCUAUGAAUGCAAUUCCAGUGAUCUGUAUAAGGCCUCUUAGCAUGACUUCAGAUGUCCAACCAGCCAAUUUAUCAGAGAAGGGAGAUAAUGUAUCAUAUUUGUCUCUAGUUGCUAUGGAGAGUCAACCUGUGGCUUCUCAAGACAUUAUUUUGGAUAUCAAGGAAAGGGAAGAACAACAAGAAAAAGUUGAGGAGGAAAGCGAACAGAUGGAACAUACAAGAAAAUUAGAAGAAGAACAAGAGAAGGAAAGAAUUCAAGAAGAAGAUAAAAAAAGGUUAUUGGAAGAGGCAAAAGAGAUGGAAAGAAAAUUAGAAGAGGAGAAAGUAAGAGCAAGAUUAUUGGAAGAAGCAAAUAACAAGGAUAGAAGAUUGAAAGAGGAGAAAGAACGAACAAAGUUGUUAGAGGAAGCUAAGGAGAGGGAAAGAAAAUUGGAAGAAGAGAAGGAGCAAGCAAAGUUAUUAGAGGAAGCAAAAGAGAGGCAAAGAAAAUUGGAAGAAGAGAAGGAGCGAGCAAGGUUAUUAGAAGAGGAAAAAGAGAGGGAGAGGAAAAUAGAAGAGGAGCGGACAAGAGUACUUAAAGAAGCAAAUGAGAGGGAAAGAAAAUUAGAAGAAGAGAAGAAGAGGAUGAGGUUAUUAGAAGAAGCAAAAGAGAAGGAACGAAAAUUAGAGGAGGAGAGAACAAAAAUAUUAGAAGAAGCAAAAGAAAGGGAAAGGAAAUUAGAAGAAGAGAAAGAGAGAGCAAGGUUAUUGGAAGAAGAGAAAGAGAGGGAAAGAGAAAGAGAAAAGGACAGACUCGCUGUGGAAAGAGCAACACGUGAAGCACAUGAUAGGGCAUUCACAGAUGCCAGAGAAAGGGCAGAAAGAAUUGCUGCAGAGAGGGUUACUUCUGAGGCUUGGCAAAGAGCACAUACUCGAGAAAAGGCAGAGAAGGCCACUUCUGAAGCUCUUGAAAAAUCAUUAACUGAGAAGGCUGCCAGAGAAGCUAGAUUAAGGGCUGAGCGUGCUGCAGUUGAGCGAGCCACUGCAGAAGCUCGUGAGCGUGCUGUAGAAAGAGCGCUUGCUGAAAAGGCCGCUGCAGAUGCCAGAGAACGUGCUGAGAGAUGUAAUGCCACUUCUAGGGACAGAACAAGGAAAGAAAAUGUGACAGAAGAGCAUUUAAGGGCCAGGGACAAGGAUGCCACACAGGAUUCACAUUUUCGAAGUACUGGUUCUAGUUACCAAGCAAAUUCAGAUUCUGAUGACCAAGCAGGUGCAGGUGAAUCAGCUUUAAGGUGUAAAGCUAGACUGGAGAGGCAUAAUAGAAUAGCUGAACGUGCAGCGAAGGCUCUUGCAGAAAAGAACAUGCGGGACAUUCUUGCACAAAGAGAGCAAGCAGAAAGAAAUAGGUUAGCAGAGUAUCUGGAUGCUGACAUUAAGAGAUGGUCCAGUGGAAAAGAAGGAAAUUUACGUGCGCUGCUAUCGACACUGCAGUAUAUACUCAGCCCUGAGAGUGGUUGGCAGCCUAUUCCACUGACAGAUGUUAUUACAGCUUCUGCAGUAAAGAAGGCAUACAGGAAGGCUACUCUCUGCGUUCAUCCUGAUAAAUUGCAGCAAAGAGGUGCCAACAUUCAACAAAAGUAUGUUUGUGAGAAGGUUUUUGAUCUCCUUAAGGAAGCUUGGAACAGAUUCAACUCCGAAGAACGAUAGUGGUUGAAAAGAAUGUUGUAGCAGCAUUUGUCUUUCGAGCUUUCAGUGGUUGUAAAGAAAAGAUGCACUGCAGGUUUUGGUGGGAGAACUCAGUUCUGUAACACAUCAUCAUCGUCAACAUACUUUAGCAUUUAUGUAGAUGUGAAAUUUGCUGGAGUGCCCUUCAAAAUGCUAAAUCUGUUCUCAACCAGACAAUUCAAUGUUGUGAAGCACUUUGUCGGUGGCUUCCAUUCGGUGCA